AUGAAUGAAUUAACUGAUGAAACGGGAAGCAAAGCAGGGAAGCGUAUGGUUCUGAGUCCUAAAGAUGAAACCAACUCUUCGGAUCCUCGUGUAGGUUAUGAUGGAGCAAUUGGCAUUGUUGUGUCACCACCAGAGACAAGGAAAUCCCGUGAUAAUGAGCUUGAUGUAUAUGGAAACAAUGCAGAGAAAAUGACUUUGAUCGAUGAUGGCAGUAAGGAGGCAGAGUGUUGUCUCCAUGAAGAUGUUGCCAUAGCUGAAGAAAAGGCGAGCUCAGAUGAGAAAGAAGAUGAUGAUGGCUUGAUGGUCGAGAAAAGGCUUGCAGUAGAUGAGCAAGCAUCAAAGGAAGACAACAAUGAAUCUAGCCCUUGUCAAAACCUUGCUGUGGGAGAUGGAACUCAGGGACAGAAUU